GUCACGUGUGCGCAGGGGGCCAGAAACGGAGCGAGAGAGACGGGAAAAAAUCAAAAGAGGGAAAGCACAUUAGACCAUGCGAGCUAAAUUUGCGAUCGUUCAAAAUCAGGAUGUUAGAUUAAUGCAGAAGACCACUUCGAUCCACAGGGAAAGUUUUCAUCUCACGAGUUUGGAGCAGAGGGCCCGUGGGGCAACAUGGCCGAAGCAGGGGCGAGUAAAGGUGGAGACGAACCCGGGAAGUUGCCGGAGCAGGAAGAAGAAGAGGAAUCCCAGGUUUUGCACGGAACCGGCCAUUGCAAAUGGUUCAAUGUGAGAAUGGGAUUCGGGUUCAUCUCCAUGAGCAACCGAGAGGGAAGCCCCUUGGAGUCUCCAGUUGAUGUCUUUGUACACCAAAGCAAGCUUUACAUGGAAGGAUUUAGAAGCCUAAAAGAAGGAGAACCUGUGGAAUUUACUUUUAAGAAAUCUUCCAAAGGCCUUGAAUCAAUACGGGUAACAGGCCCUGGUGGGAGCCCCUGUUUAGGAAGUGAAAGACGACCCAAAGGGAAGACAGUACAAAAAAGAAAACCAAAGGGAGAUAGAUGCUACAACUGCGGUGGCCUCGACCACCACGCUAAAGAAUGUAGUCUACCUCCGCAGCCAAAGAAGUGCCAUUACUGUCAGAGCAUCAUGCACAUGGUGGCUAACUGCCCCCAUAAAACUGUCUCGCAGCAGCCCACUAGUUCUCAGGGAAGACACGAAGCCGAACCGCAGCCUUCCACUUCUGCCUUCCUGAGAGAAGGGGGAGGAACGCACGGCUUCUCGUCUCCAUCGUACUCUCAGGAAGGCAGGUCGGAGAUGUCGGAGCGCUCGGGCAGGUCACCACAGGAAGUGUCGUCGAGUAAGUUGUCUGCGUCGCCUGAAGAACCAAACAGAAAGGGGCCUUCUGUUCAGAAAAGGAAAAAAACUUAACGCGUUUUUCAUAAUGUUCCGUUUUCUUUACCCUCUUGGGAUGUCUACCUCAUGCAAGUACAGGGGAAAUAAUUCAUUAUCAGUAGCUGA